CCAAUGUUUGGGAUGGAUUGUAUACACCUGUGUCCAUGGAGGGGAUUGGAGCACCUGAAUCACAUGAUAUGGAGGGGAUUGGAGCACCUGAAUCACAUGAUCGGGAGGGGAUUGGAGCACCUGAAUCACAUGAUCGGGAGGGGAUUGGAGCACCUGAAUCACAUGAUCGGGAGGGGAUUGGAGCACCUGAAUCACAUGAUCGGGAGGGGAUUGGAGCACCUGAAUCACAUGAUCGGGAGGGGAUUGGAGCACCUGAAUCACAUGAUCGGGAGGGGAUUGGAGCACCUGAAUCACAUGAUCGGGAGGGGAUUGGAGCACCUGAAUCACAUGAUCGGGAGGGGAUUGGAGCACACUGAAUCACAUGAUCGGGAGGGGAUUGGAGCACCUGAAUCACAUGAUCGGGAGGGGAUUGGAGCACCUGAAUCACAUGAUCUGGAGGGGAUUGGAGCACCUGAAUCACAUGAUCUGGAGGGGAUUGGAGCACCUGAAUCACAUGAUCUGGAGGGG